GUAAUAAUAUCCCAAGACAUUCAAUCUGUUCUACUUACUUUGUAAUGCAAAACAAAGACUGAAAUUGAGUCGCCGUCGCCAACAAUAGAUCUACAAUGUAAUGAGUCUUAAAUCUUUCUUUUUCUGUUGAUAGUUGAUGAAACCCCGGCAUUCUUACAGAAUGAUGGAAGAUGAAUAUUACACUUCAAUCUGCAGUGCAGCAACCCUACAAUCCAACAAGAAGGGAUUUUUCCAAAGCUAUGCUGACACUGUAAUAGCACAAGCAGGAACACAUUUUUUAUAUGAGUUCAAGAAGCUCAAGUCGGAUGCAGAGCGACUCUUGAAGAUUUACAAUAAUAAAGAGCUUUAUGAGGUAGUCCACGGAGUCCUGGACAAUGUAACACAGCUUUACCGCGGCAAAGCUGAGCACCUAGCUGUGCAGAGGCGAGGGGAAGGGGAGCGAGAGGCGAAAAAAGGACGGCACGAGCGAGCGUUGCUGCUACUGACCCAGGCUGUGAUAAGAGCUCCCCCUCCUGGCUCAGGUAGCUCGUCAAAUGGAGGACUCAGUCUACCAAUGGCAUUGUGGUCUCGAGCCUUCAUUCUAAGAGAGCUCUCCGAACAUCAUCUGUGUCUCGCCGACGUACAACUCGCUCUUAAAGAGAAACUGCCAGAUAACUUGCGAACGGAGGCUUACUGGCUGAUGGCUGAGUGUUACCGAGAGUUGGAGGAGCCAAUGAGAGCCAAGGUUGCACUGCAAGUAGCUCUCAAGACACUGCCUCCUGAAGACAACUCUUGGAGAAACAAGAUAGAGGAGGCACUGAAGUCUCUAUCCAAUGACAAGCCACAGCUGACAUCUCCAGCUGAUGAUGUGACCCUACUUGAGGGGCCGCACCCCCACUUGAAGGGUUUGUCGUCUGCACUGUCUCUAUGCUCCGAUGAACAAGCUGGCCGUUACAUCGUGGCUCGUCAGCCAAUCAGAAGUGGAGAUGUAUUGGCUGUAGAACCGGCACACAUUGCUUGUCUUCUUCCGGACAAGUUUGGUUCACACUGUCAUCACUGCUUUGCUCGGUUGCGCAGUGCCGUGGCCUGUAGACACUGCGCCGGGCUAGCAUUCUGCAGUGUGGCUUGUCGAGAUGCGGCGCAGGUCUAUCACCAGCACGAGUGUCGCUACAUGGACCUAAUGAUCGGCUCAGGCAUGAGCAUCUUGUGCUACAUUGCACUGAGAACCAUCACUCAGCAGAAGUACAAAUACUGGCAGAAAGUCAGGAACAAACAACCGGUGAACCCAGACUACAACAAUCUUGCCAACUUGGUGACUCAUGCGGAUAAACGGAAGGCAGACGAUUUUGUCAGCCGGACUUUAAUGGCUCUUUUUCUACUCAAGAUUCUUGAACACUCUGGAUACAUACCCUCUGAAGAUUGCGACGAUGACAAACUAUCAGGCAUGAGGCUGUUUCUGGGUUCUGUGUUGCUUCAUCUUCUGCAGUGUUUGCAGUUUAACGCUCACGAGAUCUACGAGACCAUGUACAAAUCCGAGCUGGACUUUACUUCUUCCAAGAUAAACUACAUUGCUGUCGGGGUUUACCCUUCAGUUGCCUUACUUAACCACGACUGCUACCCUGCCAUUGCUAGAUACUUCCGAGGGAAAGAAAUAGUUGUGCGAGCAGUGCGACCUCUUAAACCUGGAGACAUCGUGGCUGAGAACUACGGUCCUGUGUUCACAUUCCGCACACAAGCCGAGAGACAUCGGAGCUUGUUGAGCCGUUAUUGGUUCAAGUGUGAGUGCAAAGCAUGUAGAGAGAAUUGGCCUAAACUUGAAGAAAUGGAUGAAAACAGCUUUCAGUUAAGACAGGAAAUUGCAGACUAUGGCAACAAUCUUCUAAGAUGCCAGAAAAAUGGAUGUGAAGGAUUCGUCACAGCUUUUACCGAUGGGAAGAAACAGAAAGCCAAAUGCAAUAAGUGCUCGACAGUUUUAAACACUUCAGAGUUGGCACUACUAGUUAAAUCAUACAAUGAAGAUUACUCUCGAGGUUUUUCUUUGAUGAGCGAGGGAAAACUCUGCGAGGCGGCUGAGAUUUUUAGUGCAUUCUUGGAUGUGAUGCAUGUAAUUUGUAAACCGCCAAUGAAAAAUAUUAGUUUAGCCCAAGAGGCAAUGCGAUCUUGCUUUGCUUACCCACACAACAAACAUGUGGUUAAAUAAAAUAAAUUUCUAACAGAAA